AUGACACAACAUGGAUACUGGUUUGUCAUGGGUGACAUACAGAAUCUACUGGCUCAUCCAUCGCUUGCUAUAAGUACGGUGCUCCAUCCCACAGCAUUUUCGGACACCUAUACAACGCUUCUGAAUCGCAUGCAGGGAAUGAAUGUAAACUGGAGAAUCGUUCGUGGUGAACACAGAGAAAAUGAUAAUACUGAACUUGUACAGCGGUCCUUCACUCUGGAAUUUGAAGCACUUGCUCUUACGAUGUUCAACUUCAUUACUGCUAUAUCCCAGAAAAAGCAUUACGUGGCAGCUGUAGCCUUUUUUGACAAGAUCGUUGUUGCACUCAAGAACUGGAUUCAUGCGAUCAGUGGAUGGUGCACUGGGGACAUCAUUGAAUGUCCUAAAUAUUGCGUUUCAUUCCACCUUCCCCUUCACAGGCACCUCUCUACUGCCCUAUCCCAUUUCAACGAUAUGGAGCUUUUCCGAAGACAUGUGGAGGAUUUCCGUAAAGAUGAGCCGUUACUGAGAAGGAUUGUUCUGCAUCCCUUGAAGAUACAGGUUAGUUUUUCUGCCUCCCUCAACGUGUUAGUUUUUGAAAGCGAUGUUGCUCGUGAGUUUUAUUGA